AUGCUUCCACUGAAGCGUGCCCCACCGCGACGACCUCCCGCCAAACAGCCGAUGUCCUCCGAAAAUCAGAUGCAGUACUUGAGUCAGCAGCAGGUGCAUAUGACGCGUCUGCUGCAGCAGCAGAUGCGUGAUCGGCGCACCUACAUUGCCCGCUCCAUCCUGCUCUUCGUUACCAUCACAGUAAUGACAGGCUACGGCUACUAUUCAUAUGGCGUUAUUGUGGCCCUCACCGUUCUCAUCGGUGGAUGGCUGAUGGGAUGGCUGGAGCUGCUGCAGAUUGUGCUCGCAUGGGUGGUCCGCAACGCUGGGCAGCCGAACUUCGAUGAGCUGCUGCGCCGCGCUGACAUUAUGAGCGAGCCGAUGAAGGAAAAGGAGAGCGUCAGCGGGGAGAACGAGUUCCUGGAGUACGGCUCAAGUAGUAUGCAAGGAUGGCGUCGCUCCAUGGAGGACGCGCAUACGUUGCUGCUCCUCGAAAAGGGUGGGUUCUUUGGUGUUUACGAUGGCCACAGCGGAGCCGCAACGGCCAAGUACUGCGGCGAGUACAUGUUCCAGUUUGUCCAUCAGACGAAGGCGUUCAUGAAAGGCGAAAUCUCGAAGGCCCUCUAUGACGGCUUUAUUGCGAUUGACAAGUAUCUGCACUCUCUCCCGAGUUUUGAGCGUGGCGGGUGUGCGGCGGUCGUGCUCUACUUAGACGGCGAUGACGUGUACUGCGCGAACGCCGGCGAUAGCCGCUGUGUCAUGUGCCGCAACGGCAGCGUCGAUGCGCUCAGCACAGAUCACAAGCCUUUUCUACCGUCCGAGCAGAUGCGCAUCGAGCGCGCUGGCUGCUACGUUCUGAACCGCCGUGUAAACGGCAUGCUGGCUCUGAGUCGCGCCAUCGGUGACUUUAUGUUCAAAAACAACAUGCAGGUAUCGUGGGAGAUGCAGGCGGUGACCAGUGCGCCGGAAGUGCGGGUCACGAAGCUCAACCGUGACAAGGACGAGUUUGCCGUCUUGGCGUGCGACGGCAUCUGGGAUAUCAUGUCGAGCAAGCAGGUCGUGGACUUUGUGCGGCCGCGCAUCCAGGAGCGUGUACCACUUGGGAAGAUUUGUGAGGAGCUGAUGGAUGCCUGUCUCUCUCCGCAGCCGUUCCGGCUCGGCUGCGACAACAUGUCUGUUGUCAUCGUCAAGUUCAAGCGAGGGCCUCAAGGCGGCACUCAAACAGCCCAGGCAAGCACCACCAGCUCGCCACAUAUCGUGCCACUGCGUCUGUCAGUCGCAUCCGUAUCCGUGGCGGACGACGGCACCACCUUCUCCAGCACGGAUGAUAAUCACUCGCAUGCCGCCGCGUCCGAGGUGUCCAACAGCGUAUCCUCAACCCCCGACACCGCGGGGAAGGCAAGCUCCGCAGCGGCUGACAACGAAGCAACAUCCGGCCAUAGAAGAGAGGAAGUCGGCUGUGCGGAACCGAAAAAGUCGCCUAUGGUAUUGCCAAUGGUCUCCUCUGCGAAGGUAACCUCAGCACCAUCCAGAUCUCCGUUCACGAAAGCCUUGCGCAGCUCUAGUAGCCCUCAAUCUCCCGAGGACGCACCCAGCAGUGGCGACUGUGACGACACCUCGAACAAGUCUUCUGCUGCGAUGGGCUUGCACCCCAAGGUGCUCUCUCCCACCGCGUCGGUGCCCGAUUUCAGCAUGAGGGGCAAGUGUGUUUAG